GGCGGCAAGAUGGCGGCCCCCGGGGGCUCGGCCGCCUCCUCGGCGCUGAAGGGGUUAAUCCAGCAGUUCACCGCCAUCACGGGUGCCAGUGAAAGCGUGGCAAAGCACAUGCUUGAAGCAUGCAACAAUAAUCUGGAGAUGGCUGUGACCAUGUUUCUGGAUGGUGGAGGCAUAGCUGAGGAGCCCAGCACCAGUUCUGCAGGGGUGUCUGCUGUUCGACCACACACUGAGGAUGAAGUUCGAGCUCCAAUUCCUCAAAAACAGGAAAUUUUAGUGGAGCCUGAGCCCUUGUUUGGAGCUCCUAAAAGACGCAGACCCGCACGCUCCAUAUUUGAUGGCUUUCGGGAUUUCCAGACAGAAACCAUUCGACAGGAACAGGAGCUACGGAAUGGAGGGGCAGUAGAUAAGAAACUCACAACUCUAGCAGACCUCUUCAGGCCUCCCAUUGAUCUGAUGCACAAAGGCAGCUUUGAAACAGCCAAGGAGUGUGGUCAGAUGCAGAACAAAUGGCUCAUGAUCAACAUUCAGAACGUGCAAGAUUUUGCCUGUCAGUGUCUGAACCGUGAUGUCUGGAGCAAUGAGGCUGUGAAGAACAUCAUCCGGGAGCACUUCAUCUUCUGGCAGGUAUACCAUGACAGUGAGGAAGGACAGAGGUAUAUACAGUUUUAUAAAUUAGCAGACUUCCCUUACGUCUCCAUCCUGGAUCCCAGAACAGGCCAGAAACUAGUGGAGUGGCACCAGCUAGAUGUGACUUCUUUCUUGGACCAAGUGACUGGGUUCCUGAGUGAGCAUGGACAGCUGGAUGGCCAUUCUACCAGCCCUCCCCAGAAAUGUUCUCGUUCAGAGAGUCUCAUUGAUGCCAGUGAGGACAGCCAGCUGGAAGCUGCUAUCAAAGCCUCAUUGCAGGAGACACAUUUUGAUUCCUCACAGGCCAGGCAGGAGAGUCGGUCGGAUGAGGAGUCAGAGUCAGAGAUUUUUUCUGGAAGUGAAGAGUUCAUUUCAGUUUGUGGCUCUGAGGAGGAGGAGGAAUCGGAGACUCCCGCCAAGUUGAGGAAGUCUCCACACAAGGACUUGGGGUAUAAAAAGGAGGAGAGCCGGAGGCCUCAGCCUGAGCCCCCUGCAAGGACUGAGCCUGGGACAACAUCCAACCACAGAGUAGUGCCCUGUGUUGAUGCAGGGAUAUUGGAGGAGCCAACUGACAAGCCUGAAAGCACCUUUCGGGGCCUAGAUGUGAAUGGACCAAAGGCACAGUUGAUGCUAAGGUAUCCAGAUGGGAAGAGGGAACAAGUUUCACUGCCUGAACAAGCUAAACUGCUGGCCCUUGUGAAACACGUCCAGGCUAAAGGAUACCCCAAUGAACGCUUUGAACUUCUCACCAACUUCCCUCGAAGGAAACUCUCCCACCUGGACUAUGAGAUCACGUUGCAGGAGGCAGGCCUGUGUCCUCAAGAGACUGUCUUUGUGCAGGAAAGGAAUUAGCACUGUGGCCUGAGUUCUCCCAGCCUUCCUCCCCUCUCCUCUUUGCCUGGGACACCAACUCAUGACAUAUGCAGCUGAGGGUCAUAGGGUUGCAGUGCUGAAAUCAGGCAGGCAGCUGGUUGACCCUUCUCUCUCUUUGCUUCUCCUGCUCUAGUGACCAAAUGAGAACAUUCAGAGUUUUUAUUUUCCUCCUCAGCCUGACCCCUGCAUUGGAAAGAACAUCUUUCCUUUGUUUUCAUGGAAUACAGGAAAAUGAUCUGCACACCCUUCUCGCUGCUAUUCUAAAACUGUUUUGUUUAAUUUAUUUUUGAAAAUAGUAUGUGAUAAGGCACUGAGUCAUCUCUCUCUGUAAGGAGAGGGUGUAAAUCUUCAGCACAGUCUUUGUUGUCAUUCUCCACAGGAAAGGUCUCCAUUAACCUUACAGCCUUCUGGUCUAGUGCUCUGCAAAAACUUGGGGUUUGGGAAGGGGCUGGGUUGAGCUGUGGUGAGAUACUUUUGCUCCCAUCUGAUGUAAAGGUUUCUAGGCUGCAUGUAUGUUUUCCUCCUGCUUUAAAUUCUGGAGGCAAAAAAAAAUACCCCAACCAACCAAAAAAAACCCAACAACAAACCAAACCCAACUCUACUGUAAAUGGGAUUGACUGCUUGGCUCAGAGGGAAAGCUGCUGGAGCAGAACAGACUCAUUGGUAGAAGCAGGUCAGGUUUCCAUUUGUUCUCUCCCCAGUAUCCCUUAAGUGUUUCCUUUUUACUUGCUCUCAGGAUUUUACAAGUGGUGAUGGAAGGUGGCAGGGUGCUGUAAAGUUUGGUCUUGGACUCUCUGGAAAACACAUGUCAUAAAAAACAUCACGGUUGGUUGUUUUUUGUUUUCUUGGCAUGGUGUUUUGUUUUCUGCAGGAGCUUUGCAGGGAUUUUGCAGCACUGACUGGAACUGAGCAGGACAAGAAGUCCUAAGCAGGAUUUUUGUUGGAUUUUUUUUUUCCAUGAAAUAUAAACCUACUCAGCCUUAGCAAACUGGAAUGACUGGUGACUUCAAGGUGGAUGCCAACCUUGUGCAUUUACAACUAGAGAGCUCAGUUUGGUGUGUUCCUCAUUAGUGUGGAAUAAGGGAUAUGAGACUUGCCAUAACUGCUGUCUCUUUCUGCAACUGCCAGAUGGUUUUAUAGAUGGUAAAGAAAAAUAUUUCAGUGGUCAGAAAUCUACCACAGACUAAAACUUAUUCUUAAGAUAUCUUGCCUUUAAUUUCCUCCUAGCCUGUGUACUUUGGAGUCUCUAUAGGUAGGAAAUCACAGAAAAUGUCUUGGAUUCCCCAUCAUAUUUGCUCAUAACUGUCUUCUGCUCAGAACUGAGGUUUAGAUGUAUUCAUGCAAUUGUGUAAAUGGAUUUACCUUCUGCCCAAAAUUUCUUUUGCAUUCUGCUGCAAGGUGCAGAAUGAGGAAGGCAAAAUCUGAUUGCAGAUUCCUGAGUAACAGUUGACGUGACAGCAGGUGACAUUUUUGGGUUGGCAAGAGACCCUGUCAUGGAGGCUGCUUCCCAGCAUUGGGAAGUGAGCUGCAAGGCCAGCAGGGGAGGAGGGGAUGUUGGUGUUUGGCCUGUGAAGCAGCACUGGCACCUCUGGAUUGAAGGUUCCUCUGUAUUUCUAGGAUAUACUAUCUAUAUAUAUAGAUAAAUCCUUGGAUGUAUGAGAGAACAAGACAGAAGGAAACCCUUCUGGGGUUUGAUGCUUCCCCAAGUAGCUUCAGCUGACUGGUUCACUCUGACAUUUGUACCUAACAGGUGCAGGUCCUUUUGUGUCCCUCAGGCAGCUGGGAUGAGAGCACGUUGACCUGUCCUGCUCUGCUGCCUGUCCCUGCCAGUGCAGGGCCAGGAGCCUCAGUGGUGCCACCAGUUCCUGUCUUCAGUUGUUGCUGGUUGGCUGUGUUUGCUGGUGGGGAGGUCAGCUCCUUUUGGACAGGCUUUGGGCAACAUUGUUCCACACUGAUUUUCCAGCAGUCGAGUUAAACAUACUAAAGCCAAAUCUGCUUUUUCACUACUUGGUCUGCUGUACUCCUUCCCCCCUGCCCCUCCCCAGCUGGGCUGCUGUAUGUGGGGCUGGGCUGGCACCAGGUGAAGGAAGGUGACAUCCAAGAACAAACAUCUGUAUCAGCAGUGGGGAGGAGGGGGAAACAGAACAUCUUCCAUCCCCUCUGCUGCUGGAGGGAUUGUCCCCUGUGUGUGUCCCAGCCCCACACUGUGAACCUUCCCUUCUUACCCACCUUUGAGCUAAGCCAGGCAGCUGUGACAGCUCUUUCCUUUCUUCUCUGCUCAGCUGUAAGGAAAGGAGUAACUACACUCAUCAUCUUGCUGUCAAAACCAAAGCUGGGAGCCCUGGCUUCUCUUGUAAUUGCUUUUGUGGUGGCCAGAGCAGCUCAGUCACCUCUCAGAAAGAAGCAAAUGUUACACUUGGCUGCUUCAAAGUUCCUUUCUAAACCAUCAAGAAACAUGUCCCUUGAACACAGGAAAUCACUUUCCCUGCUGGUGGUGGGACCAGGUGUCUUUAUGCUCUGACUUCAUUUUUUUCUUCCUUGAGGUUUUAUUUAGAGAAAAAUGCAGUGCUUAUAACACAGCAGGGACAGAAGAGUAUGAAAUUGAAGAUUUGCAUUGAAAAUGUUUUUUUUUCUUCUGUCUUGCUUUGGUCUGUGAGCAGAAGGCAGUGAAAUACACAUCCCUGCAUAUUCCCAACCCAAAUAAAAUGGCUUUCCCUGCCAGCUGCUGGUGACAUCUUCACUGUUGGCUUCCCACUUAGGAUCCUUCAGAGGCCCAGAGAAGGGUUUCAGGUCUUCCAGGUCAUACCUGCUGACUGACCAGCUUCAACAUCACAGCAUUCCUUACUGACUGAAAAAGGGCAGAUAAAGGCUGUGCCAAACACUUCUGGCUGUACUCGUGGAACUUCCAGUAGGUUUUGAAUUAAGAUCUGCAAUUUUUAAAAUUUCUGACACAGACUCAAGUAUGUUGCCCUUCCUGAGGAAUCAGAUAGCUUGACAGUGUCACUCUUAGAAGAAUGUGCACCUGUGUGUGUAAUAGCCUUGUGAAAUAG